ACAAAUGGCAAAUAGUUAACCGUUUUCAAGCACAACACUUUUGUGUAUAUUCGUUUGGCGUGAAUAUUGCUGCUUUGUAAUACCAAAAAUUAAUUUGUUAAUAGCUCAGUUACAUGGUUUUAUUGAAUUAUCAUUCUUGAAGAACGAGUUACAUCUGAAAAUGUCUGGAAUAGGAAGAAAAGGAAAACCUCAAUCUGUUAACGUCUAUUUAAGAAUAAGACCUCCAAAUAAACAAGAACGAGAUGCUCAUUCUCUAACAUGUGUGGAAAUCCCAAAUUCUAAAGAAGUUGUUAUAAAGCAACAACAUGGAAAGAAAUAUUGUUUUGAAAAAGUUUUUGGACCGAAUUCGAAGCAAGUUGAUGUGUAUUUAAGUGUUGUUAAGCCCCUAAUACCAGAAGUACUUGCUGGUUAUAAUUGUACAGUUUUUGCUUAUGGGCAAACAGGAGCAGGGAAAACAUACACAAUGGCUGGAGGUUCAGUUAAUUCUCCUUCAGCAUCGUGGCAUAGUGAUGAAGAAGCAGGUAUUAUUCCUAGAGCAUUAGCACACCUUUUUGAAGAACUUCGUUUACAACAGCAACAAGAGUACACAGUUCGUGUUUCUUACUUGGAAUUGUAUAAUGAAGAUAUUUUUGACUUGCUUUCUGAUGGAGAAGAUAACAGUCGUAUACGAAUAUAUGAAGAUCAGCGUCAGAAAGGAUCGGUUAUAGUUCAAGGAAUUGAAGAAGUGACAGUAUGCAAUAAAAAUGAGGUGUAUAAAAUUUUGGAGAAGGGUCAAGAAAAACGUCGGACAGCUGCAACAUUAAUGAAUGCACAGUCCAGCCGAUCACACACAGUAUUUUGUAUUACCGUUUACGCGCGUGAAACUACACUAGAAGAGGAAGUUGUUAAAAUGGGCAAGCUUAAUUUAGUUGACUUAGCAGGUAGUGAAAAUAUUAGUAGAUCAGGGGCAGUGGACGUAAGAGCUCGCGAAGCUGGAAGUAUUAAUCAGUCUCUAUUAACUUUGGGGCGUUGUAUAAAGGCGCUUGUAGAUAGAUGUCCUCAUGUUCCAUACAGAGAAUCUAAAUUAACAAGAAUUUUGCAAGACAGUUUAGGAGGACGUACUAAGACUUCAAUUAUAGCUACAAUUUCUCCAACAUUUUCUAAUUUGGAAGAGACAUUAAGUACUUUGGAUUACGCAUAUAGAGCUCGUAAUAUUACCAACAGACCAGAAAUAAAUCAGCGUUUAUCGAAACGUGCACUCCUUUCUCAGUACACUGAAGAAAUUGAACGUUUAAGAAAAGAUCUAAAUGCGGCGCAUUCCAAAACUGGCAUUUUUAUCGCUCACGAAAAUUACGAACGCUUAAUGACCACCAGUGAGUACCAAAAAGAAGAAUUAGCAGAAAAAAUAGUUAUAAUACGUGAUUUGCAAGACAGAAUUCAGUUAGUAGAACAACAAAAGGCUAUCAAAGAAAAGGAAUGGGAAGACUUGUCCGCUUCUUUCAAAAUAGCACAAGAUUAUCUAGCGCAGUAUGCAUCUACGGAAAAAGUUUUAAAAGAACAAGCAGAAACUUUGUUGGAUGUAGUGGAAAAAUCGACAAGUAACGAGUCAAAACUCCACGAAAAAGUCGAUUACUUUUAUGAUGUGACCCAAAAGAACAAAGGAAACACCAAUAAAAUUAUAACGCUUCUUGAUGAAAACUUAUGUCAUAUAACAGAACAAAUGCAAAAGUUUUACAGAAAAUACGACUCUCAGAACAGAGCAUUGCUCGAAAUUAUUAGAAACUCUGAACAAUUACUCGAAACGACGAUGUUCUCUUUAAAUUUAGUAGAAGAACAGAAUAAUAACUUAGAUGAUAAUAUAAUACAGUUGCAAGAAGAGCUUGAUAAAGAGACAAACGAUUUUUACAUGGAUAUUAACAAAACUGUAAGAACAUCAAAUGACAAAAUACAAAAAUUUAAAUUAUCAUUUGGAGAACUUAUGCAAAAUCAUCUCAAUAAUGUUGCCAUAAUGGAAAGUAGAAUAAAUGAACAGCAGAACGAAUUUAAAGAUUUUACUCAAAAUUUAACGAAACAUAUUGAAAACGCAAGACGACGUCUCAUAGUGCCCGCAGAAAGUCUCAUACAGCAAACUUGUAUGUUAAAAAGCCAAUUAUUUGAGGUAAUGGAUGAUAUCAAGAACGGUAUGGAAAUGGAAAAACAACUUCAAGAUAUGAAACUUGCUAAUAUGAAUAAGGUGUCCAAGCAUUUUGAGAAAAUAACACCUCUUAUUUGUACCCUUGAUUCCGAUGUUCAGCAACAGUCUAAAAACCUUAAUGUUGCAAUAAGUGAAAUGCACAAUAUUAUUUGUAAAGAACAGCCAAAUAUAACUGCUCAGUUUGAAGGAAACAUUAGUAAUGUCAAAAAUGUUGCUGCUACAUCCCACACUAUCAAAGACUCUGUAAAUGGUGUACUUCAAAAUCUCGAAGAUAAGAAUGCCAAUGAGGCUGCACAUUUACAAGAGAAAACUGUAUUUUUAAAAGAUAAUUAUACAGAAAAAGUGGAAGAUUUAUUAGUUUUGUUAAAUAAUAUCAAACUGAAUGAAUUUGACAUAAAAGAAUCCUUGACCAACGUAGAUAUAAAUACAGGUAGAACAUUAUCAGGAUUAAAUGAAAUGACGGAAAUCAUUUCAGAGGAGACUGAAACUAAUAAAGAACACUUUAAGACAUGUACAGAAAAUGUAAAAAAAGUGUUGACUGAAGAAUUAAUUACUGUGGAACCAACAGGUGCUACACCUGUGCGCACACAAUUUCAGUAUCCUAAAAAAUUAGUUUCUACAUCUCUUAAAGAACAUAUGGUGCAAAAAUUCGAAGAUUAUCAAACGAAUAAGAGUUCAAAAUUGCCACUAAUGGAACAUAACAGAGCCAAUAAUGUGAAAUUGGAGACUUCUAAUUCAAUUGUGAAGUAUAACGAUUCAAAUAACAAGUUUGUUUUUGAGGACAAAGAGAAUUUUGAGAAAAAUGAAUUGUGAAGUAAUAUUGUCCAAAUCUGUUAAAAUGCAAUAUUUUUAAUUUGUUUACAUGGACGCUACUUCGUGGCUAUGCUAAGAAGUAGUUUAGAUAUAAUUAAAUCAUUUAUAUUAUUUGUAGUUCCACGUUUUUGGUAACUGUCAAUAAUACAGAAUUGUAUAUUCUAUUUAAAAAAGUAAUAAAAUUUGAAGAAAAAAAAUUAAGUGUACUAAUAGGGCGAAAAACCGAUUGUUUAAAUUAUUACUUAAUAGACUAGUACUACUUUAAAAACUGUAAGUAGACUUGUAAUGAAUGCAUUUUAGUUGUAGUAAAUACGUCACACUGGUGCACCAUUACAAAGAUCUGCCAACAUAUUACUAAAGUUAAAUCCAUUACAUUACCAAAAUACAAGUUAAGUAGUGGUCAAAAACUAGUUAUUAUGAUUCUGUUAAAUUAUUUACUAUUGUAUUUCAAAAAAGGAAUUGACAAUCAUAAGUUUCGCUAAUAUCAAAAAUAAAUUGAUGGUGUGCAGGAAGGUAAAAUAUACAAUAGUACAGUUAUAAGCAUAGAUUUUGUAGUCUUACAGUGCUAAAUUUACAUAACUCACUCUUCUGUCCUUUUUGUGGUGUAUACAUCCCUAUUUGUAUUAUAUUUCUCCAAUUUAUAUUUACCAUCAUUUUUCUAAUUACUAUCUACUGGCAGGUACUUUUAGCAACUGUAUCACAUUGAAUUAUGCUACUUAGUGCUACUACAACCUAUAUUUUGUAAAUAUACCGUAAUUCAAAUUUUGUAAAUGAUGUUUCACAUAUAUUAAAACAGAAAUAAAUGUACACUGGACAUGGACAGUAUA